GAGCGAUGGAAGUCCCAGUAGCCGCGCCCAUGGAGGUGCCACCCGCGCCGACGUCUAUCGCGGCCCGGCCCAUCGCGUCGAUCGUGCAGAACGGGUCCAUCGACAUGCAGAGUCUGAUGCUCUCGCUCUGGCAGCGGCGCAAGGACACGGCGUACACAAACGCUGUGUGCGAAGAGCUGCGGUCGCUCAAGCAGACGCGGCCGAUGCUCGACCAAGUGGACUUUUACCUGCCGCAGCUGGCGCACAUGGUGCUGCACCUCGAGAAGGAGCUGCCGAUGGAUGCGAUGGAGCAGUUUGUGUUGCUCCUAAGCUUGAGCAGCACUCACUUUGCGCUCCAGUUCUUCUGGAUCGUUUACGCCGCGCUCGACGAACACCGGCCCAAGCGCAACGGCAACCCGCGCACCUUCACUCGCUGCGCGCAGCUGCUCGUGAUCCUUGAGCAGUGCCUCGUGUACGGGUCGCCGGCGAGCAAACCCGCGCAGGAGCUCUUGGCCCAAAAACACAUUUCCAAAAUGGAGAUGGACGUCAUCCUCCAGGCGGACCGGCGCUUCUUUGCCGCUCAAAGCAGCGCAGCCAUCUCGACGCAAGACGAGACCGCGGAAGGGUGGCUCUUCAAGAAGGGCGGCGGCACGACGACGUUGGGUCGUCGCAGUUGGCACCGCCGCUGGUGCCGCAUUGAGCGCAAGAUCCUCUUCGUCUACAACCAGCGCAUGGACAUGCAUGCCCGCAACGCGAUUCCUCUCGAGCGCGCGACGAUCCGAGUGCUCGACAACCCAAAGCACCCGUACUACUUUGAGAUCCACCAUAGCUACAGUGACACGACCUUCAAGUUUGCGGCCAGCGACAAGGACAAUUUGUCCUCGUGGGUCGAGAGCCUAAGUGUCGCAGCGGCCCCGCCGGCGCCCCCGUCGUCGUCGCCCACCAAAGCGGGCCCCGCGCGUGCAAUCACGCGCAUGUCCCAAGCGAUGCGGCAGUUUAUUCUCAACGACGACGCUGCGUCCAAGGAACACGAAGUGUCGUCGGCCGCGCGCGUUGAAGACGAAGCGGAUUCGAUCUCGCGGUCCGGGUCGGUCUCGUCGACGCAGUCGUCGUCACAAGUGCCAGCGCUCUCGGAGGAGCAGCAGCAGCGCUACGACUUUUUCACCGACCAAAUCAACUUUGUCAAAGCCAUCACCGAUAUAUGCGAAGAGCUCCGUCUCGUGGAGGUGUCGGAACGCAAGGGGCUGCUUCCGACAAAGCUCCAGUCCCUCCAAGCGCGCUUGCCAGCGUUCGCGUACCUUCCGCUGUGCCGAUCCACCGAGCUCUUUGCCCGCGUCACCUCUGUGUGCGUCAACGACGGCCACGUCUUCAAGACCCAUGAGCGCGCGCCGUGCUUGAUGCACUUUCUCGCCGAGCCGAGCGCAGCCCUGCACGAUGUUUCGAGUGCGCUCUACGUUCAUUUGUACGGGGACGAGGCCGACGCGAGUGACGUCGUCGCCUGCGUCACGGCGCCCCGCGUCGGCCAAAACACAUUUCUGGAGCAGCUCCUCGAGGACGACCAUCGGCGCGCGCAGCUCACAACAAUAUUCGGUGAGCUCAAGGAGGCCAAGACGGCGCGACUGGCGUCCGACGGCGCGUGCUUGCAGUCGCUCAUCGCCAAGAGCUAUGACGACUUGCGCCAAGAAGUGCUGGUGAUGCAGCUCAUUUCGUACAUUGACGACGUUUUCAAGAAAGCGGCGCUGCCUCUGCGUCUGCACCCCUAUCGCAUCCUAUCGACAGGCGCAAGCACGGGCCUCAUCGAGGUCGUGUCCAAUGCCACUUCUCUCGACGGACUGAAAAAGUCGACGGGGUUCACGACGCUCCGCGCGCAUUUUGAGAGUAUUUACGGCGAUCCAUCCGGCACCCUUUUUCAACACGCGAUGACCAACUACAUGCAGAGCCUCGCGGCCUACUCGAUGGUGUGCUACGUGCUCUGCAUCAAGGACCGACACAACGGCAACAUUCUCCUCGACGUUGAAGGGCACAUUGUCCAUAUCGACUUUGGCUUUUUUUUGGGGCGCGCACCCGGUGGCACGUUUAGCUUUGAGACGGCGCCGUUCAAGCUCACGGCCGAGAUGGUCGACUGCUUUGGUGGCAAAGACUCUGCGAAUUACGCGCAUUUUAUCGAGCUCUGCACGACGGCGGCGCAAGCGAUUCGUCAACACGCCUCCAUUCUGUACACGAUGGUGGACGUGAUGAGCUUCAACUCGAAGCUGCCGUGCUUUCAAAGCAACGUCCCGCACGUUCUGCAGUCGUUCAAGGACCGGCUCUUCCUCACGACGGCCGAAGACAAGGUCCCGGGCCAUGUGCGCAGCCUCGUGGAGAAGGCGUACGCCCAUUUUGGCACGACCAAGUACGACCAGUUCCAAGAGUACUCGAACGGGAUUUACAAGUAGAAGCUGCAUGUCUACCUCUACAUAUACGACGCUGCAUAGUACCAACGACCG